AUGUUUCUUCAACGCAUCGUUCGACGAUCGUCUCGGUCACGGCUUCUCAUCUACAUUGCGAUCGUGGGCGUUCUAAUCUUCUGCAGCAGCUUGAACAAGCCUUCUUCACCACCCAUCACCCAGAUCGAUGACAUUCCAGAGCCCAUUCACGACGACAACGACGACCGCUACGAGUCAACAUUAGACACUGUUGCUUUGCCUUGGUACACGCAUCCCCAUCCUGCAUUACCUGUGAGCAACAACUUUAGCACAGGUCACCUGUCAUUGGACCAAUGGCAGGCACUAUGGGAGCAUUCGGUGGAGCGAGCACAACAGGUUGCCGAGCUGGUCUUGGGGCCUAUACAAGGGAUUCCAGGGUCUGUGCACAGGACAUAUGAGGCUGCUGAUCGAGUACGAGCACAAAUUGAUUGUUGGACGAGCCAAGGACAAUGGAAGCAACAAGAUGGUUAUCACCUUGCCAAGCAUUUUCAGGAUCCUCUUUAUGGUAAAUGUAAGCGACAGCACGAUCCCUAUGUAUGGUCAACGCCUACUACGACAUGUCACCUUGAUGAUACGGUGGAUCCCGUGACAUGGUGCAGUUUGCUGGAUGGAAGGAACAUGUUGAUUGUGGGUGAUCUUGUACAAUAUCAAUUACACGAGGUGCUUUUGGAUGCGAUGCGGGAUGGUCCUACUGUAUGCUUUGGUGAGCUAAACUGCAAAGACCACACACUAUGCCAGCAGCCUGAAGCACGCAUGCGUUAUAUCCGAAAUGACAUUUUAUCUCCUGUAUCACGCAUCAAUCGAGCAAAGGGACAUCCAUCGGUGGAUACAAUCGAAUGGCCAUUUAUUACCAGCCCCAUGAUGAGAGCCUACUCAGUGUUGAUCUUGAAUCGUGCUCCUGUGGUCGAGGAUGAUGAAACGUUUAUUCAACAACUUGUCGAGACAAUGCGUGUGAUUCGUUCAAGAGCACCUGAUACGCUUAUCCUGUAUCGAUCCACAUCCAUUGGUCAUCCCUUUUGCAACGAUGCUCAAGCACCUCUUGAAUCACAUCUGAAGGACGAAGAGCUACGGCACUUACCUUAUGGAUGGAGUGAGUUGAAGAGAAGAAAUGCCAUGGCACGCAAGAUUGUGGAGGCUGCAGGAGGUGUAUUUGUGGAUUUGGCUGCCCUGACAGAUCUACGACCUGAUGGCCAUAUGGGUGGUCAAGAUUGCUUACGUUAUUGUAUCCCUGGUCCCCUUGAUGCUUGGGUGCAAGUAUUAUACCAUGUUUUCCUUUCACUAGCACAAUGA